AUGAUCGAAACACAGGCAGAACGACACCUCCUCUGCGUAUCAGCCAUCGUCAGAGACCUCAUCGCGUCUCACAAUGCUUCCUCGUCCUCAAAGACAUCGACCGACCCGCCAAAUCUCAAUACCCUCCGCAUGAAAUAUGCCAAAAAGUACAGCCUCUCCGCUGUGCCUCGGCUCACCGAUGUCCUCGCUGCGGUGCCGGAGGAAUGGAAGGAGCGGCUGAGAGGAUGGCUAAGGGCCAAGCCCGUCAGGACGGCGAGUGGGGUGGCGGUCGUGGCGGUCAUGUGCAAGCCGCAUCGGUGUCCACAUGUGGCCAUGACGGGGAACAUUUGCGUUUACUGCCCAGGAGGACCGGACUCAGACUUCGAGUACUCGACGCAGUCGUAUACAGGAUACGAGCCUACCUCAAUGCGAGCGAUCCGAGCUCGGUACGAUCCAUAUGAGCAGACUCGGGGACGAGUAGACCAGCUCCGAGGUCUAGGGCAUAGUGUCGAUAAGGUGGAAAUGAUCAUCAUGGGCGGUACCUUCAUGUCUAUGGCGGAGGACUAUCGUCACAAGUUCAUCGCCGGACUACACAACGCGCUGAGCGGUCAUACCAGCGAGGAUGUAGACGAGGCUGUUCGCUUCUCGGAGCAGAGCAAGGUCAAGUGUGUCGGGAUCACCAUCGAGACUCGACCCGACUACUGUCUCCGCCCCCAUCUGAGCCAGAUGCUCCGGUACGGCUGCACCCGCCUUGAGAUCGGUGUUCAAUCAGUCUACGAGGACGUCGCCCGGGACACCAAUCGCGGCCAUACCGUGCGCGCCGUCUCCGAGUCAUUCCACAUGAGCAAGGACGCCGGGUACAAGAUUGUCGCGCACAUGAUGCCCGAUCUUCCCAAUUGCGGCGCCGAGCGGGAUAUAUGGCAGUUCCAGGAAUUCUUCGAGAACCCCGCAUUCCGGUCGGACGGGCUCAAGCUGUAUCCGACACUCGUGAUUCGGGGGACGGGACUGUAUGAGCUUUGGCGGACGGGAAAGUACAAGAACUAUCCCCCGAACGCGCUGGUGGAUAUUGUGGCGAGAAUCAUGGCGCUGGUGCCGCCAUGGACGAGGGUGUAUCGGGUGCAGAGGGAUAUCCCGAUGCCGCUGGUUUCGUCGGGCGUGGAGAAUGGGAAUCUGAGGGAGUUGGCGCUGGCGAGGAUGAAGGACUUUGGGGCGGAGUGUAGAGAUGUACGGUAUAGGGAGGUCGGCCUACACGAGAUCCAUCACCGUAUCCGCCCCCAAGACCUCGAGCUCCUCCGGCGCGACUACGCCGCCAAUGGCGGAUGGGAGACUUUCCUCUCCUACGAAGACCCCGCUCAAGACAUCCUCGUCGGUCUCCUCCGUCUCCGCAAGUGCUCCGAGGAGGGGACGUUCCGCAAAGAACUGGUCGGGAUGAAAGGGGGCUGCAGUCUCGUCCGCGAGCUGCACGUGUAUGGUACGGCGGCACCGGUACAUUCGCGGGAUCCCAAGAAGUUUCAGCAUCAGGGGAUAGGGACGUUGCUUAUGGAGGAGGCGGAGCGGAUUGCGCGGGAAGAGCAUGGGAGCGGAAGGAUAGCGGUCAUUUCGGGCGUGGGGACGAGGGACUACUAUCGGAGGAUGGGUUACAGCCUGGAUGGGCCGUAUAUGGUCAAGGACCUGUUGUACGAUGACUAG